GGUAAGCGCCCGGCGACUGGGCUGCGCGCGAAAGGGAGGAGCGCUCAGAGAGGAGCGGGAGCUUGGCCGGUGUGCGCGCGUGGAAAAAAGUUUGGCCGCCUGCGACACGGGCCCCCACCACGGGAUGUACCCCGACGACGCCGCAGCAGGGAUGAGCUUGGGCAGUUUCUUGGAUUUUUGUGUGUCGAAUCCGGCGCGAGAGCCCGUGUCUUCCCGUCUGCGUCCGGCCCCAGUGUUGAGCCUUCGUCCGGCGUGAGCCCCCAACGCUGUAAGAGGCCCGCGCGAUAAUCGCGACGUCCACGGAGGAGCCGGCCCGGGAGGACCGGGCGCCAGCGGGCGGAGCCGUCCUCCUCGGUGGGGCCAGCCCACCCUCCGCCCCCAGCAAGCGGAACAUGAAGUCGCUGAUGCCCGACGUGUACCCCGACCAGCUAAGGGAGCUCAACCCGCUCAUCUGCUACGUGCAGUGCCUGCGCGAUCAUGCUGACGACACCUCCAACGCGAGCAAAAAGGCCCACAUCCGAUCCAGCGCUUUCAAACACUUGAAGAAUGAAAGUUGUGUCAAAAAUGGGGAAGGAUUUGCCAUUGCCGUGUCCCUUCAAGACGGAACAAUCAUCUACGUAUCUGGCUCCAUCACUUCUCACCUUGGCUAUUCAAAGGAUAUGCUUCUCGGUCAAUGCAUAAUGAACUUCCUGUACCCCCGUGACCGCAUCACCUUCGCCAAUCACCUAAGUCACGGCCUCAACUCUUGGUUCAACGAGGAUGCGAAAGGUAUUUGCCACAACCGAAGCCAGAGCACCUUCCUAUGCAGAUUCAGGUAAUCAUAGCGUUAGCACAUGAAUGUUUGACAUUUUCUCG